UUGGAGGUGGGUACGUUAAUGAAGGGGGCAGCCCCUACAUUGAGUAUAUUUAUACGGCUAGAUAUCAGCUGACAGUGCGUCUUCCGUUCUCCCAUUGUCGCUGGAGGAGCUAGCUUCCGUGUUUGGGUGGCUUGCGGGCAGUUUGGUAUGGCCUUGCUGGAGCUAGGUUUACUGCUUGGGUCUCUUGCAUCGUUCUACUACAAAGCGCAUCUUCGCUUGGCAGUGGACUGUUUGCACGUCCAGCCUGGAGCGUUUAUUCACUGGAAUCGUGCUAUUAAGCACUGUUCGGUAGCCCUUCCUGUCAUGUUCUUGGAUUAGCUGUGCUUCCAGACAGUGAAGUUUAGCUGAAGCCUGUGCGGUGCUCCAGAUUGUGGCUGCACAUAGGCCUCGCCGCUGCUGCUUUGUUUCCACGUAAAUUCUACCGUAGGCUAACGUAUGCUGUCCAGUCAGGUAGCUUCCCCCCUGGCCGUGCCACCUGGGAAGCCGCUUGCCGUACAGUACUGUGUACUCUGUGUUAUUACUGCAUGUUCUAACGUGUCCAAAUGACACUGGGCUAGACUGUACUCGCCUCUAUCACCACCGCCUGUUGCUAUAUGGUUUAGGCCUACUUUUGUGUCCAUUGUCUUCACGCUGUGUGUUGUUUUUGUUUGUUUAUUUUCUUUUUUUCAUUUCACUCUCCUAAAUAGGAGAGUUGACUGUAUGUGCUUGUGUGUGUGCGCGUGUGUUUGUGGUUGGGGUGCAUGUGCUUGUGAGUGUGUGUGUCUGUGGUUGAGGUGCAUGCUUGUGUGUGUUCGUCUGCGGUUUAGGGUGCAUGUGUGUGUGCGUGGGCCUUGGAAUCUUGUGGUUGUGUCUUGCAGUGGACCAUUGGGGCAGUAUGCAGGGACCUCCCGCCUAGUACUAAGUGGAAGGCCCAAGGCUCUGUGUGCAUAAAAGCUAAGUGUCCUACACAUUAUUGUAUGCUAUGUCCAACUAGCCAUUUUUUGUGACCUCCCUGCCCUCACUAAACAUUGUUGCCCUUCUCUUUCUCUCUCCCUUGGUGUGUGUGGAAGACAGGAGCUGUUUGACCUCGAGCAGUGGGUCGGUGGUGGAGCCCUUUCCUCACUGGUCUUCUAUUUUGUGCACCUCCAGGGUUUUGCUUUCUUUUCUUUUGUAUUUUGAUCUUGCUGUGUUCACGUGUGGUGUGGUUUUGGACCCGUCCCCCUCCUCUUCAGUCUACCCCUGCCAUGUUUUCUUUAGAAACAAAGCAGCAGUGGCCUUUCCCAGAAUUGAAGCUUGCCGUCUAGAGGGCGGCUCCUCCAGUACAAGGUUUGCAGGACCGCUUCUAGCUGCAGUGAGCAUAAGUUAAAUCCCUUACUUUUUGGUCAUGGAGGAAGACUUACAGGGACCUGGUUGCACAGGUUAAAGCUGAGAAUGAGCGGCUGAGGCUUGAACGAACAGCAACUCCCCAACUCCCCAGCCUGACUCAGGCCGCUCUAGUGACUCCCCGCCUCCGGCAGACCCUCUAGCAGCCACUCCAGCUGAGGGUCCUAAUGCGACAGGAUCCCGAGUGAAUGAUGGUGGUCAGGCCCUUGGCUCUUAGAGGUUGGUCUUUGUCCCCCGUGACCGCAAAUGUCCAAGUUUCAGUGCUAAGUCAGGCAUUAGCGUAACAGAGUGGGUAGAUGAAGCACAAGCCUGUAUGCGCGUCCGGCGCCUCUCCACCGUUGAUCAGGCUGAGUUCUUGUUUGACCACCUUGUGGGGGAAGCGAGGGAGGAGAUAAAAUAUCGCCCUCUUGAAGACCGUAGAGAUCCUGAUAAGAUUAUUAACAUCCUAACAGAGUUGUAUGGGUGUUCUCAGUCAUAUAUAUCCCUUCAGGAGGCAUUCUUCUCCCGUAAACAGCAGGAGGGAGAAACCUUGCAGGAGUUUUCUCUGGCACUGCUGAGUUUAAUGGACAAAGUUAAGAGGCAGGCUCCCCAUGCAGUACUCAGUGCUGAUGUCUUAUUGCGCGACCAAUUUGCAGAGCACGUUUUGGAUGGAGCUCUGCGGAGAGAGUUGAAGCAGUUGAUACGCCCCCAGCCACUACUGACACUGAUAGAACUCAGGGCUGAGGCUAUUAGGUGGGAACGGGAGGGUUUACCAGGAGGCGCUAGGAGCCGUAGCCAUUCUCUUCCUUCCACCUACGGUAUUCAGUAUGCAGUUCAAGGAACCACACAAGCUCCAGCUGGUAGUGGGCCCCAGCAGUCAGAGCUAGAUGAGUUAAAACAGAUCUUAAAGCAGCAACAACGGCAGUUAGACCAGAUGACUCAGAGCAUUGCACAGUUGCACGACGUCCAGCAGCCUCGUCGUCUCCUGCGUGACCAGCCUAUCAUCUGCCGGAGAUGCCACCGCCCAGGGCAUUUUGCCCGUGAGUGUGAUGGGGAAAGGGCCCUUCACCGCUCAUAUUCCCCCUCAGCAGUCCCCUCAACUAGUGGUAGGCCUCAGCCUCCCUCACAGUCGGGAAACUAGUCCCCCCUGGGCUGCAGAGUCACAGCUUAGGUGGGGACAUUGUUGACUCAGAGAGAGUGGGUGGUAGUUUGGGUACAUUAUCUAGCCUAAUGUCUACUUGCCCUCAUUUAGACGUGUGCAUUGGAGGUGAAUUGGUUCCUUGCUUGAUAGAUACAGGUUCUAUGGUAUCGACAGUCACAGAGACAUUCUUUUUAAGACACUUUGAGCCACAGGGUCAGGACCAGAUGCGGUCCUGCCAAUGGCUGCAGCUCCGUGCAGCCAACGGACUGUCUAUCCCUUAUGUCGGCUAUUUAGAGUUGGAGGUAGAACUGUGUCGUAAGACUAUCCCAGGUUGUGGUAUCUUGAUUGUGAAAGAUCCUCCUGGCCCCAUGGGCUCCAGGGUACCUGGGGUGCUUGGAAUGAAUGUGCUUGGUAGGUGUUAUCGUGAGUUGUUCGGUCAGCAUGGCCCCGCCUUGUUUAAAGCUACCUCGGUGUUGCAGGCUCCCACCCUCGUGGUUGAGGCCUUGCAACAAUGUCAUCAAGUAGAGGUUGAGUUGCCAUCUGGCCAGCUGAGUCCUGUCAAAGUUCGUGGUGGGCGAGCAUUUAGAGUCCCUGGGGGAACUAUGAAGCUUAUUCCGUCUACCUGUUCAAGCAUAUAUGCCCAUGGCAUGGUGCUGUUUGAGCCUCCAGAGUCUGGUCUACCAGCUGGAUUAUUGGCGUUGCCUGCACUAGUUAGGGUAGUUGGUGGUACAGCCUCUAUCCCAGUGGUUAAUGUGAGUACCGCAGAUGUCCUUCUCUUCCCACGCACCUUGCUAGGCACUUUACAGCAUGCACACGUAGUCAGCUUGCCGGCUGGAGUAACUGAAGUUCCGUCUGUUACGGCCACAGUCAGUUCCCAGAUAGUUCUGGAACCUGCACCUAGCAUACAGGAACAGAUUGAGGCCUUGGAACUGCCAGCUCUGUCUACAUCAGAGUGGGGCCAGGUCAAAGCUUUGCUCAAACGGUACCAGACAGUGUUUUCUGCUCAUGAUGGUGACCUGGGUUGCACAAAAUUGCUGUCGCAUGAUAUUCCGCUGGUUGAUGAGGUGCCUAUCCGUCAGCGAUACCAGCGAAUACCCCCAUCCGAGUACGAGGUGGUAAAAGCCCACAUUCACCAGCUCCUGGAUGCACAGGUCAUCAGAGAGAGCUGUAGUCCAUUUGCCUCCCCUAUAGUCUUGGUUAAGAAAAAAGACGGUAGCCUGCGCUUAUGUGUAGACUACCGUCAGCUGAAUGCCAAGACUAGGAAGGAAGCGUUCCCAUUGCCCCGCAUCGAAGAGUCGCUGGACGCUUUGGCUGGGGCCAAGUGGUUUUCCACAAUGGAUUUGGCCAGUGGGUAUAACCAGGUCCCGGUCACGGAGGGAGAUAAAGCUAAGACCGCUUUCUGCACCCCAUUUGGCCUCUUCGAGUGGAAUCGAAUGCCUUUUUGGGUUAUGUAACGCUCCCUCCACGUUCCAGUGGCUUAUGGAACGCCUCUUUGGUGAUCAACAGUGCCACUCUUUGCUGCUGUAUUUAGACGACAUUGUAAUUUUUUCGUCUACUGUAUCUCAACAUUUAGAGCGGUUGGAGCUUGUUCUGGGCCGGCUAAAUCAAGAGGGGUUGAAGGCCAAGUUACGCAAAUGUGCGUUUUUUCAGCGGGAGGUCAGUUACUUGGGGCAUGUCAUUUCAGACCAGGGGGUUGUGACUGACCCCAGCAAGGUUGAGGCGGUGGCACAGUGGCGACGCCCAAGUAAUGUCUCAGAGUUGAGAUCAUUCUUGGGCUUCGCCAGUUAUUACCGCCGCUUUGUGGAGGGUUUCGCUAAGUUAGCUGGUCACCUACAUAAGCUGGUAGCAGCUUACGGGGGCAGUAAGUCCCGGCCACCCAAGGCGGGCUUUGCACAGGCUUGGUCCAAUGACUGUCAGGCCAGCUUCGAGGCCCUGAAGGGUAAGUUAACCACCACCCCUGUCUUGGCCUACGCUGACUUCUCCCUUCCGUUCAUCUUAGAGGUGGACGCCAGCUACGGGGGGCUGGGAGCUGUUCUUUCCCAGGAGCAAGGGGGCAGGGUGUGACCAAUAGCAUAUGCAAGUCGUGGUCUACGGCCCACUGAGCGCAACACCAUCAACUAUAGUUCCAUGAAGUUGGAAUUUUUGGCGCUCAAGUGGGCCAUGACUGAGAAGUUUCGAGAAUACUUGCUGGGGAAUAAGUGCCUUGUUUUUACAGACAACAACCCUCUUAGCCACCUGACCUCCGUGAAGCUCGGAGCCACUGAACAGCGUUGGGCAGCCCAACUGGCCCUGUUUGAUUUUCAGCUUCGGUAUCGCUCCGGAAAGAGUAACACCAAUGCUGAUGCACUGUCACGACAGUACCAGCCAGAUGUAGAUCCUGACUCUCUGGCCCCAGGACUGUCUCUUCCAGCCUCCUUGUUGCAGGCUAUUGAACAAGGGCCGUCAGUGGCUGUCAGUCAAAAUCUGGUCGUUGCCUUCCCGGGGCACACCCUGGCUGACUUGUCCUCCCUGCAACAGGCAGACCCAGUUUUGGGGAAGGUCUUGGGCUUCUGGAGGCAGAAAAAACGCCCCAGUGCUGACCAGUGUCGCACACUCUCCAAGUCAGUCCUGACCUUGCUACAACAAUGGGACCGCCUGGUGGAGCAAGGCGGGGUGCUCUACCGUCGUAUUUUCCGCCCAGAUGGCGGUGAGGAGGUAUUGCAGCUGGUUCUGCCCAGUGCCUUGAAGCAAGAGGUGCUCACCCAGUUACACCAAGAUCAUGGUCACCAAGGCGUUGAGCGAACAUCUGAGCUGCUUCGCUCACGCUGCUAUUGGCCAGGUAUGACUACAGACGUGGUGCGUUGGUGUCAGGAGUGUGACAGGUGCCA